GUGCUCAUGCAGCAGAGCACUUGGCGCAAAAGGGCGGAAGCAUUGCCUUGGUUGGUCGCAAUACAGAACGACUAAACGAAGUGGGUGAUCGGAUUAAAAAUGCUGGUGCCCCAACACCACUCUUGAUUGUGGCGGAAGUUUCAUCUGAAGCAGAACGAUUAAUCACUGAAACGAUAAAACAUUUUGGCAAAUUAGAUAUAUUAAUCAAUAACGCUGGCAUUUUGUCAAGAGAUACCAUUGAAACCGUUGAUUUGGACGAGUAUGAACGCAUCAUGAAAACAAAUGUAACAAGCGUUAUUAAACUGUCCAAGCUGGCUGUUCCAUAUUUGGAGAAGACAAAAGGAAACAUUCUUAACGUAUCAUCUUCGGCCGGAUUACGUGUAAAAACAAAUCUAUUCUCAUACUGCAUCUCAAAAUAUGCAUGCAAUGCCAUUACAAAGAGCACAGCAUUGGAUUUGGCACCAAAAGAACAAGCUGAUGAAUUUGUAGACAGUCUCAAGGAUGUUUAUCCCGUUGGUAGAGCCGGCGAAUGCACCGAUACAUCGGCAGCCAUAGAGUAUUUGAUUAGCGAUUCCGCAUCUUUUCUUACUGGAAUACUAUUGCCUGUGGAUGGUGGAGAGAUGACAAAGUUUCACAUCUGA